AGUUAUCUGUGGUUAAUGGUUAUUAACAAAAAACAAUGGCCGUCGUACAACGAAAGUGGUGUGGAGAUUAAUGUUCAGUUUUGUUAAUUUAAUACUUAACGUAUUUUAUACCACUAGUUCUUAUUGUGGUUAAUUUUAAAUUCCUUUGAUUAAUGUUGAGGCAAAAUAAAAAGCGGUGACUUUACGUGAUAGGUUAGUUUGUCUCCUCAAUUACCAUGGCGGUCUUAGCGGCAGCACAAUUACUUGACGAAUUGAUGGGCAGGCAUCGUAAUACAAAUCCAAAUGAAAAAAUAAAAAAACCGAAUUGGGAGGACCCUGAGUAUUGCAAAUAUUAUAUGGUUAAGUUUUGUCCUCACGAUUUAUUUGUCAACACAAGAGCAGAUUUAGGAGCGUGUCCGAAAGUUCAUGAUGACGAAGUCAAAGAUUUGUUUGAUAAGGCCGAUUCUUCAUAUAAAAAGGCUCAGUAUGUCGAAGAAUUCUUACGAUUUUGUCGGCAUAUGAUAAAUGAUGUGGAAACAGGGAAAAUUCAGAAGGGAAAGCAGAGAUUGGAGUUAAUGAAUUCCAGACCGGAAGGACCACCAAUGACCCAGGCUCAGACAGAGAAAAAUCAAGAGCAGGUUACACUACUUUCUGAAAAAAUAACUGCUUUAGUAAGAGAAGCGGAAGAGGCAGGUACUUGUGGUAAUGUAGAGCAAGCCCAAGGUUUAAUGAAGCUCUGUGAUAGACUGAAAGAAGAAAAAGAUCAACUUCUUAAACAACAGGAGAACAGUCAUUGGUCUAUGACUGCUGAGUUGGCUGCAGCUCAGGAGAAACAGAUGGAAGUAUGUCCUGUUUGUGGUGCCUUCUUAAUUGUUGGUGAUGCCCAACAAAGGAUUGAUGACCAUCUGUCUGGGAAGCAACAUGUUGGCUAUUUCAAAUUGCGACAAGCGUACGAGGAGAUGACUGCGGCUCGAGAGAAGGAGCAGCAAGAGAAGGAGAAGCGGCGCCGCGAGGAGAGGGAGAGGGAGAGAAGCGUGCGCGGCGGCGGGCUCGGCUCGGACCGGCGCGACCGCGAGCGCAUGGAGCGGGACAGGGAGCGGGAUCGCGACAAGGACAAGGAUAAGGAUAAGGAUAAUAAGGAGCGGGAACGGGAUCGGCACCGGUCGAGCCGGGAAAAAGAAAAGAACAACCGGCACGAAGAACGCGACCGAGAAAAGGAACGUGACAAGGAGCGCGAGCGGGAUAAGGAUCGUGAGCGCGAGAAGGAUCGUGACCGUGAAAAGGACCGCGAGCGGGAAAAGGAUCGUGACCGUGAGCGGGAGAAGGACCGGGAACGUGACCGCGAUCGCGACAAGGAACGUGAUCGUGAUCGGAAACAUCGCAGGGAUAGAAGGUCUCCUCAUGAAAGGUCACGGCGACGAUCACGCGACCGCCGCUAGCUUAUCACUGAGGUAUCACAAACCACCCCGAAACGCUUUUAAUAAAAUGCCAAAAUAAUACAUCGGUAUAUGGCAAUCAUAUGGGGAGUUUUGUUGACCCCGUUGAUUCGGUAGUUGUCGUCACACCGACGGACUUUGCAGGUAUUUAAUUGGUAUUUUGAAUAGCAGCUGGAUGCUGACGAUUUGAGGUGUUUAUUGUUCAGUCGCGGAUCGGCGACUGAUCGAUAAAACUGUCGUAAUGUCCGGGCUCUGCGUCGUUUUAUUGAGGUAUUUAAAAUUAUGUUUCGUCGUCGUGAAUCGAGUUGCCAGUCGGCCUUCUGUCGCCAUAAUGCGAUGCCAGGUAUUUGUUAGGGCUAUUCAGUGAUUGGAUAUUUAUUUCACCAUUAGGCUUUGGAAUUUAAGGUUAUUGAAAUAAAGGUGGCUGUGGGUCUAAAAAACGUUUUGAUAGGAGUUCUCAUUUUAGGAUAAUGCACAUUGUCAUCACAUAUAAAAUUUCGUACGAUGAAGACGCCAUGGCGCUUAUUUGAUAAAUUCCUUGAGACAAAUGGAUGCUGUUUUCACAUCAUCACUGUGUAUUUACAGGUACCCAUACUAUGGCAACAAAUCUUUCUGAUUGUUUAUUGUUGUAUUUUUAUCUAUUUGAUCUUGUCUUCAAAUAUAAGUUUGUUGCCAUAUUAAACCUAACAUUUCCUAAUCCCAUCUGGAACCGAGUUCAGUAGCUUGAACAAAAACCUCAUGUAAAUGAAACAAAUCAAACAUUGAAGUCGGUUCCUUACUUCGAAUGCUCUAAUCUACUUUACUAGAGUGUCAAUGGAC